GACUAAGGUAAGCUAAACAAGAUUACCUGUUAUAGCUAUCUGUGUUUCCAGAACACUCAGUCACAAUUCUAUUAUGUAGUAAAGUUACUGCCGUUGAUGAGAAAUAACUUUAUCCAGCUAAAACAGUUACCCAGUUAAUGAAUUAAAAACCUACAUUAAUGUUUUUGCAGCCUCACUAUUAAUGUUACCUAAGAAAUUCAUUUCUACAUUAUUGUUAAUCUGACUUCUUCAUUGGGAAUCAAUAUUGGUAUAUGUAUGUCCUGCAGAAGGGUCAAGGUGGACUAAUGCAGAGGCAAACACUGAGAAAAAGACCGAGGAAAAAUCUCAGCGAGAAGAGAGUGGUGGAACAGCUGCGGAAGAAUCUGAUAGUCAAGCAGGACCAGCCAGAUAACAAAUUUCAAAUACAGCCAUUGGUACAGUCAGAAAACAAACUACAAAAUCCACAACAGCAGCCACUACAACAGCUACAGCAGCACCACCAUCAGCAGCAGCAAUCUACUGCACCCUCUCCAAACCUGAUUGGAUCACAGAAGACUAUGACCACAGCUUCUAUGAUCACCACUAAGACACUACCUCUCGUCUUGAAAGCAGCAACUGCAACCAUGCCUGCCUCUGUUGUGGGUCAAAGACCUACCAUUGCCAUGGUUACUGCAAUCAACAGUCAGAAAGCGGUCCUCAGCACUGAUGCACAGAAUACACCAGUGAACCUCCAGACAACAAAUAAGGUUACUGGUGCAGGAGCAGAGGCAGUCCAAAUAGUGGCAAAAAACACAGUUACUUUGCAGGUUCAGGCUACACCUCAGCCCAUCAAAGUGCCGCAGUUCAUCCCUCCUCCCAGACUCACUCCUCGUCCAAAUUUUCUUCCACAGGUUCGACCCAAACCAGUUGCCCAGAAUAACAUUCCUAUUGCCCCAGCACCACCUCCGAUGCUUGCAGCUCCUCAACUUAUUCAAAGGCCUGUGAUGCUGACAACGAAGUUCACACCUGGUUCUUUGCCCACAUCACAGAACUCUAUACACCCAGUACGUGUUGUUAAUGGACAGACAGCAACCAUAGCCAAAACUUUCCCUAUGGCACAGCUCACCAGCAUUGUGAUAGCAGCCCCAGGUACCAGGCUCGCUGGACCUCAGACUCUACAGAUCAGCAAACCAAACCUUGAAAAACAGACUGUUAAACCCCACAUGGAAACGGAGGAGAAGCAAACAGAGAAUCGUACCAUUACUCCACCAGCUGCACCUAGGCCAAAACGAGAAGAAAAUCCACAGAAACUUGCUUUUAUGGUAUCUUUGGGACUGGUUACACAUGACCAUCUGGAAGAAAUCCAAAGUAAGAGACAAGAGAGGAAAAGAAGAACAACAGCAAAUCCAGUGUACAGUGGAGCCAUUUUUGAACCUGAGCGUAAGAAGAGUGCAGUCACAUACUUGAACAGCACAAUGCAUCCUGGGACACGUAAAAGAGGUCGUCCACCUAAAUACAACACGGUGCUGGGGUUUGGGGCUCUGACCCCCACAUCCCCUCUAUCCAGUCAUCCUGACUCCCCUGAAAAUGAAAAGACAGAGACCACAUUUACUUUCCCCGCAUCUGUUCAGCCUGUGUCCCUGCCUAGCCCCAGCUCCACAGACGGCGAUAUCCAUGAGGAUUUUUGCAGUGUUUGCAGGAAAAGCGGGCAGUUGCUGAUGUGUGACACAUGUUCACGUGUGUAUCACCUGGACUGUCUGGACCCACCUCUGAAAACCAUUCCCAAGGGCAUGUGGAUCUGUCCCAAAUGUCAAGACCAGAUGCUGAAGAAGGAAGAAGCAAUCCCAUGGCCAGGGACUUUAGCAAUUGUUCAUUCAUAUAUUGCAUACAAAGCAGCAAAAGAAGAGGAGAAGCAGAAACUACUUAAAUGGAGUUCAGAUUUAAAACAAGAAAGAGAACAGUUAGAACAGAAGGUCAAACAACUCAGCAAUUCCAUAACAAAAUGUAUGGAAAUGAAGAAUACGAUCCUGGCAAAACAGAAGGAGAUGCACAGCUCUUUAGAGAAGGUAAAACAGCUGAUCCGCCUCAUCCAAGGCAUUGACCUUUCAAAACCCAUAAACUCUGAGGUUAAUUCAGUAGCCAUCUCUAAUGGCGUGGACUCGACUAACAAUGCUAAUGCUGCCGCCUCUACCCCAGCCCCAUCCCCUUCCCAGAGCUGCAUGGUGAACUGUAACAAAAGUGAUGAGACUAAAUAACACAGUGGAGUAAGAAGGAGCCAGGAGAGGUGGCGGCAAGGAGGAGGAGCAAAAUAAUGAAACUCUAGAAAAGCAAAACCGGAUUUCUUCUGGAAAGUACAGAAUUAUUUAGUUCUUUGGUUCCAGAGAGAGCGUGAAGAUGCUUGUGCCAGGCGGCACCGGAGUUUGCCAAUUGAUCCUUCUUAUUCUGUGUGUACAUGCAAAGUUUGGAUCAUGUUACAUGAAUAGUGCCAGCUGGGGGUUCUUUGCCAGCACCAUGCCAAGUGAAAUAAUAUAUUUACUCUCUCUAUAUUUUACACCAGUGUGUGCCUGCAGCAGCCUCCACAGCCACUAUAGGUUUGUUUUAUUUUUGUUUGGGGUGAAGAGCAGGGAUGAGGCAGGAGAGCAGGUUUCAAAUCCUUAUUUGCAGAACAGUUUGUUUAGCUAGGGAAAAAAAUAAGUCCAAAGAGCCUGUGGGCUUUUCCUGUUUCUAAACUCUCCGUACUAUUAAACCAAAAACCAGAAAUAUAAAUUAACAAAUCCCAGUGCCCAGCGGGGACAAGUCUAUCAAACAAGCAGUAUUUACUGUUAUUUAGACAGGAGAUGUACAAAAUGAAAUGGAGAUGGAUUUUUCACUGAAUAAAGAGCACAUGUGCAGGUUGGGGAUUUUCUGUCCUGGCAACAUUUGGGUUAACCUUGUUUCUUCAUACUAGUCAAAUGAAAUGCAUUGGAGAAUUGUAUUUGUUUGGAUCUUUAAGUUGAUCCAGGAGGCCUUUGUUGGGAGUGGAAGAAGAGGGGACCAAAAUGGUUGAGUUGAAACAUUGAAGGGGGUAUCUCAAGGGAAAAUGUGCAUCAGUGAUUUUACUUGAAAACGAGGUUCCAUCCCUUUUCUAUAUUUAUAAAAUAAUAAAAAUAUCCUGAACAAAGCAGCACAUGACCCACAUGUGUGAACUGAACAGAGAAAUGUCCUUUUAUUUCAUUUCCUCUCUUUCUUUUGGUAGCAAAAAUAAAUAAGGAAUAGAAAAGCUGUUAUUCAGGCUGACAGUCUAAUUAAAGAGGUAGAUGGGACCUUGCAUGGUAUAGAUUAGAAGUAAUAGUGUCAGUGAGAUACAGUGAGUCUUUGUGAGUCCUUGUGUCAUCGUUUUGGGCACUGUUUUUUUAUGCAAGGGCAAAAUCUUUGUAUCUGGGGGAAAAACAACUUUUUUAAAAUUAAAAAGGAAAAUAAAAGAUAUUGAGGUCUUCCUAGUGUUACUUAAAAUAAGAUCAAGGUAAGAAACAUUGUAAAAAUUACAAAAGUGCUAUUUGUUUCCUAAACAAGUGAUUUCUAUUAAAAAGGUGUCAGAACUGGAGAAAAUGCUGUGUGCUUAGAAUUUUUUGACACAGACUUUGCCUAUUAUGAUGACAUUCUGCUGUGUUUGUAUUUUAAAAUACCAGGGAGAAGGUUUCCAUAGUUUAUAUCAUUUGUGUGUCUGGCCAAAUUCUACAUGCUGCAUCUCACUCUCCAUUGGGAGAAGCUUUCUCUCUUGUCUCUUCUGUUAUCACAUCUCCUCAUUCUUUUGUAUGUUAGUAGCCCAGAGUAGAACACUGGCCAUUUGAUUGUUAAAGCCUUUUUGCUUUUGUAAUAUUUAAAUAUGGACUGAUUAGAACAUGGAUGUAGAAUGGGGAUGAAAGAAAGUGAAUUUGUUACACCUGAAAUCUCCUUUUGUCAUAUCACCUUAUUUCAGAAUUCCAUCUCUUUCAAAUGAUAGUGUGACUGUGUAGCAGAGCAUGUCUUGUGAGUUCAGUUGUUAUAGGACUUGUGUCAGUUAAGAGUGCUGAUACUGGACAUGCAGUAGCUAUCCAGUUCUGCUAAUGCAUAUGAAUACAUUGGGCCAAACCCUACUUCUGUUGAAAUCAGUGGCCAAACUCCCACUGGAUUCAGUGGGAGCAAUGUUUGGCCACUAUGCAGAUGAGCUCCUGGCAUGGCGGUAAAUAGCGCGUGUGUUUUAGUAGCCAGACAGACCUGCACUGCUGAUGGCACUGGAACACUGAGAAGCUUUGCAUUGUACAUAUUAUGCUCUGGGCAAAGGAAAAGAAAAUACCCUGACCCUGGCAUGGCCUGAGAAUCUCACUGCAGCCACAGCUGCAUAUGCUGCUUUGAGAUUCUUGAAGCUGUUUCCUUCACUCUCCUUUAGUGUCUGUUUUCACUAACAUUUUGUUCCUCAAGGAUACUUCCCCUGAGCCCUGGAGUUGAUCCUCAGUUCUUACAUUUGUCAGUAGAUUUGGAGGAGAAUUCUUGUGUACUCUUCUCAGCAGGCCCUAUGAUAAAAUAGACUUUAUCUUCAAAUGUCUGUGUUGGGUUCUGAAGCCAGUUAAGCAGCAAGGAUCAGUUAGCAGGUGUGGCAAAGCAGAAACACAGCCCAUGAAACAAAUGUAAAGCUGAUCAAAGGAAAUAAUUUUUUGUAACAACCCACAAUCUGUGUAACUCUUUGCCACAAGGUAUCAUUGGAUCAUUUGUUUAAUAGGGUUUUUAAAAGAUCAAAUACUUAUAGAAAUAAUGAGAGAAAAUGAACUAGUAAUAUAAACCUUCUUGCUUUAAGGCAUAAGCCAGUCACUACAGAGGGGUUUCUUGCGCCUCUCUCUGCAGGUACAGUGACAGAGACAGACUACUGGUCCUAUCUGACAUAGCAAUUCCUAUGUCCCUAUGAUUCUUCCAGUGUUAUCUUCAAAGUGCUGUUUGGAGAACUGUGCCAAUGGGGGUUGCAGAAUGUUCAAAGGCUGAGAGCUGACUUGAUCUCUCCUCUGCCUGUUACUGGCAGGGCCUGAGGUUGGAAUUCAGUUGUGUUCUUGUUUUGAAAAACACUGCAGCACCCAGGAGUUAAGACCUUGCUGUAUUUGUGCCACCCUGUGAACUUGCCACUGUCCCUUUCUAUUGGGGUGUGUUUAAACUACACCCCUCUGCAGACAGAGUGAUGUAGAUUAGGCACA